UAGGGGAUUGGGAGAUAGGUUUCAGGUCUAAAUCUUUUGCCAUGGCAAAUGCCGUUUCGAUUUCUUCUGCCGUUCUUCCUCCACCCUGUCUACUCACCUCUAAGACCUGCUAUGCUUCGGUAUCCGGAGCUCGCGUGUGCGUAGGCGCUGGUUCUCCUCCACGUACUUCGUCUGGUUCAUUUUCUCAAAGACCUAGCCAGCGAAGAGCAUUAUCUGAGUCACGGUUACAUAAAAGACGUGCGAAUGUUGUCGUUUCGAGCGUCCCAGACGAUUUUUCCUCGCUAACGGACGAGGAUUGGCUGGCGAAGCUUCCAGACGAGUCAUCCCCGCUAUUCACGUGCAGCUUACCGUCGAUCGAGGCGUGGCUCCGAUCGUUAGGGUUUCAACAAUCAUCCGCGAAGCCCGAGUUCUGGCGUGUUGAGCGGAGCGAUUGGCAUGCGGAGCUGGUCACGGAUGUGACUGAUGUAGUUGUUCGGUAUCUGAAGAGCGGUCCUGGCAAUCUGGGCAGGGACAUUGAGCGGAAGUUCAGCUACUCUCUCAGCAGAGAGGACGUGGAGAAAGCAAUCCUUGACGGCCCUUGAGAGAUUAUGCUGGAUUAUUUGAUAAUCCGUUCAGAUCCUUUAAGGUUUGUACUUUGGUGAGAUGUUUCGUGAUAUCAGAGUUAACGAAUGAGUAGAAUGAGAGAUACAAGGUGGGUGUGUACAAGUUUGUUAUACCCUCUAAGAGCAUGCACCUAUCUAGCCUUUAAUAACAGAUACAAAUAUGUUUGACACACCCCCUAGUCUAGAUGAUGGGCUGUGCUUGACAAGAGACACGUAGCUCAGGGUGGCACUAUUAUCUCAGAGUAGAAAAGUUGGCUAAGGGGUAUUGUCUAAGGG